AUGCGGUCCUCAAUUGCUGCCGUCCUCGCUGCCGUGAGUCUGGCCUCUGCGGCCACGAUCAACGAGACGGAGCCAUCCAUCACCGAGAUCAACAAGGCUGCUGCCACGACUCUUCCCUAUUCCCCCGUGUCCAACGUGAGCGGUCUUGCGUUCGAUCGGAUCAUCGACAUCUGGCUCGAGAAUGUGGACUACGCGACGGCCGCUGCUGAUCCGAACAUGCAAGCAAUUGCCAAAGAGGGCAUCCUGCUGACCAACUACUGGGCCGUCACCCACCCGUCUGAGCCCAACUACUGCGCUGCUGCCAGCGGUGAGAACUUCGGCAUGGACAAUGACAACUUCCACCAGAUUCCGAACAACGUUUCGACCGUCGCUGACCUUCUGGACACCAAGGGCAUUGCCUGGGGAGAGUACCAGGAGGGACUGCCUUACCCUGGCUUCCAGGGCUUCAACUACUCCAACCAGCAGACCUACGCCAACAACUAUGUCCGCAAGCACAACCCCUUGAUCCUCUUCAACUCGGUCACCGACAACGAUCUCCGCCUUCGCCAGAUUAAGAAUUUCACCAACUUCUACCAGGAUCUCCAGAACAAGCGUCUUCCCCAGUGGGCCUUUGUUACCCCGAACAUGACCAACGACGGGCAUGACACGAAUAUCACCUUCGCUGCCAAGUGGUCCAUCAACUGGCUUACACCCCUGCUGAAGAAUCCUUAUUUCACCGAGAAAACGCUUAUCCUGCUCACUUUCGAUGAGAGCGGAAACUACACUGUCCCCAACAAAGUCUUCAGUGUUCUCCUGGGAGGAGCUGUGCCGGAGCACCUCAAGGGAACCACCGAUGACACCUUCUACACUCAUUACUCCGUUAUUGCUUCUGUCUCUGCAAACUGGGGUCUUCCUUCCCUGGGCCGCUGGGACUGCGGUGCGAACCUGUUCAAGCUGGUUGCGGAGAAGACCGGAUACGUCAACUACGAGGUUGACACCCACAACCUCUUCCUGAACCAGACCUACCCAGGUCCCCUGUCUGCGAACGACUACUCCAAGUAUUCCCCCAACUGGCCUGUGCCGGCUGCCCACGAGAAGUGCUCUGCUGGCCAUGGCAUUCUUAAGGCCGUCAAGGACACCUGGGGUCACUUGGAGCCUUCCUACAACUACACGGCCCCGUUCCCGUAUGACACCGCCAGCGGCAUCAAUGUUGGCGUCAAGUACUACCGAACUGACAAGAAUGGAAAGAAGGAGGAGUAUCAAGUAAAGACGGGGCUGUCUGGUGCUGCCCGAAGGAAGCGUUCGGAUCGCAGUUCCACACGCGACAGGAAGCUACCCUCUGUUGUUGACAUGGGCCAGGAAGCGCCUCAAGACAGCGCUGGGCCAUCGUCUCCACCACCUGCCUUGCCCGAGGGCUGGCUUGCUCAGUGGGAAGGCCUCUCUCGCAAGUGGUACUUUGUCCAGCGAGCCACAGGCAAGGCACAAUGGGAGAUUCCCACCGAGCCGGUCAUCCUCACUCCUUCGACGACGCCGAAUUCCACCGAAACUGGUCCUACACGGGCUCCGUUCUCGAGACCGCAGACGAACAGUCCGCAGGCAGCGACGGGGCUGAGUCUGACUGCAGCCGGGGGCGUGACGACGGGGUCUGACAGGGCCGGAAUCUCCAGCUUCUUUGGCUCGCAGAAUGGUGGCUUUACGCCCAUAUCCGCCGGAUUGCUGAACAGGGUCCCAAACCAAUCUGUCAACAUGAAAGCGAACGAAUAUAAUGGAUACAAUCAACAGAAUCUUUCGGGUCAGGGAUACGGGGCUGCAUCGGGCCAUGACCUAUUUGGGUCUCUGUCGGGGCGUUUGUCACAGUAUCAGAACGGGCACCAGCAAAAUCCAUUUGGAUACUCAUCCACGAGUCAGAUCGGGACGUACACGGGGAGUGCAUCCCAAUACCAGCCUUCUGCGCAGCAGCUGGCUUCUGUACCUGGACUCAACGGGGGUUCGUCACAGCCAGGAGCGGGCUUUGCUGGGGACUACGCUGUUGAUCAUUCCGGAAGUCUGUCGUCUCAAUUCACAUCGUCCGCUUCAUUCUCUCAACGUUAUUCAGCUCAAUCGAUGACGGCUUCAGGUCUCCCAAAUCACUACCAGGCGUCUGCGGCAAGCACGUACUCGGGCCUGGGUAGUUCUGGGGUUUCAGUGCCAUCUGUAAUGAAGUCUCAAUGGCAAUUGGGGUCACAGCCUACAAAUCCUCAGUCUACGAAACCCUUGAUGACGCAAUCUCAAGCACCGCUCAAUCCCGGAGGAUCGACAAGUCAGCAGCAUUAUUCCAACCAGUCCUUUACCAGCGCACAGUUCCCGACUUCGCAGUAUCCAGGAAUGCAGACGAUGAACGCUUACAGUCAUGCGAGUGUGGGCCAGCCGUUCUCUACGCAACCAGCCAGCUCUUUCGGGCAAUCCAGUCUGAGUAUCCAAGACAAUCCUUCGAGCUUCCGGGAUAUCCAAGGACUAUCAGGGCUUGUCAGUCAGCAUGGGCAGAACAACACUCCAAAUGCGUACACACAGUAUCCAUCAUAUCAAGCAGGACAGCAGGGCUCGCUGUUUACCGCCAAAGGCUCAAACACGUCCACGCCUCCUACCACCGCAUCGGGCGUCGCCAAUAACUCUCCCCUGGGAUCUGCUGGCUUUGGGACGUCUUAUGCUUCUGGA